AAAGUUAGGCUGGGGACCAAGUUUUCACAGUGUUUUCUAGAACGCUGUGAGUGCAUCGACAUAACCACAACAAGUAAGAUCACAAGUCAUUCGGAUUGAAAUUCCUUCAUAAAAACAUCUUCAAAUGGAAACAGCUGUGCUGAGCUCCAGCUAGCCAUUUUUACAAAUUGACUCUAGAAAGGCUGGCUAAAACUUUUACAUGUGCAACUUUUGAAAAGUCCUCUGACAUAACCGAAAAAGCUACUGUACCUGAAAACAAUCUUCUCUACUGAUAAGGGUCCACAUCAACGCAUCAACAGGAGCAGACAAGAUUGGGACUUCACAUCUACUGACCCACAGCCCACCUCCCAGUGACAGAACCCUGAUGACAAACAAGGGUCCAGCUCUACCAUGAAAUCCCCCUCAUUUUGCCUCAGGCUCUUCCUCCUCCUCAUCUGCCUGGCCCCUCUGUUCUUUCUGGUGGGACAGGGGAGUAAGGGUGGGCGGGGUCCAAACUCUGACAGAAGCCACAACAUCACCAUCCUGCUGUGGCACUGGCCCUUUGGCCCUUCCUACAAUUUGGAGGGAGACGUGUGCUGGAACCGGUACCGUAUCCCUGACUGCCGCCUGGUGGACCAGCGCUCUCUCUAUCCCAGUGCUGACCUGGUGGUCUUUCACCACAGAGAGCUGAUGAACGGCCAGGAGCGGCUGCCACUCCACCUCCACCGGCCGAGGCACCAGAAGUGGGUCUGGCUCUCUCUGGAGUCCCCUGACAACAGCAGAUACCUGAAGCCCUUCAAUAACGUGUUCAACUGGACCAUGUCCUACCGCCGCGAUGCCGAUAUCACCAUGCCCUAUGGUAAGCUGCUGCCAAAGAACUGUGAUACUGGUAAUGAUAGCAGCACAGAAGACAUCAUUCCCAAUAAUAAGUCCAUUCUGGCCUGCUGGGUUGUUAGUCACUAUGAGCCUCAGCACAGCAGGAGCUUGGUGUACAAGAGCCUGAAAAGAAGCAUCCCAGUGGAGGUGUAUGGUCGCUUGAGAGGGAGUGUUUUGGCCUCCAGCGACCUGCUGCCCACCAUCUCAAGCUGCUACUUCUACCUGUCCUUCGAGAACUCCAUCUCCAAGGAUUACAUCACUGAGAAGCUCUGGCGGAACGCUUACCAGGCAGGGGCAGUGCCUGUGGUUCUGGGUCCACCGCCAGAUGACUACAUAGCUGUGGCUCCACCUAACUCCUUCAUCCACGUUGAGAACUUUCCAUCCACCAAGGAGCUGGGGAACUACCUCUGCCAGCUGCAACUGGACAAGGAGAGAUAUGCUGGGUACUUUGCGUGGCGGCAUAGCUAUCAGGUGAAAUUGUAUACAGACUGGAGGGAGAGGCUAUGUAGCAUCUGCCCUCAGUAUCACAGCCUGCCUGCUCAGAAGGUUUACCAUGACCUGGAAGCCUGGGUCAGGAAGUGAAACCACACCCACGGUUCACUUUGGCACCUCAGACUUUCUGCAUCCCAAAUAGCACCCUUUUCCCUAUGCAGGUCGUUACAUUUAACAAGGGCUCACAGGGUCUGGUCAAUAGUAGUGCACUAUACAAGGGGAAACAGUGACAUUUAGGACACCUUUUAAGAAUGUUAAGAUGGUCUUCUCUAGGACCAGCUCUUUUCACAUAAAUGGACAUUUCAGCAAUAAACCUCCCCACGCAACUGUGAGGAACAGGGAAAGUGGUUGAGCAUUUAUGGGUAAUCGGUGUCACGAUUAGCUGCACUGUUAAGCAAUGUGUUACACAUACUGCGUUUAUAUACACAAUAGCAUAUUCACUGCAGAAGUCUCAAACAUUAAGGUAACAAUGUAGAUUUAACACUAAUGCUGCAGUGAAACCUUGUAACAUGCACAACUCAGUAUAAGAACCUCAAUCGUAAAAAGAACCAAAGCAGAGAAGGUAAAUGUUCAAGUUGGAAUAAUUGUUACAACAGGUUGGCAUGGAAAAUAUUUAAUUGUGUGGUGAAAAAGUUACAUCUUAAGGUUGCGCCAGAGAAAUAGCCAGAGUUUCAAUAAAUUAUCAAAUAUGCUUUUAUUUAUAAACAUGAGAUUGUGUAAAUAUCUCUAGUCAAGAGAUUUGAGUCACAUACAAGAUGAAGUCAUUUCAACUACACAUAAAGGCACUAGAUUGUGCCUGCGCAGGAUGGCCAUUUCAGAUUUGUUUUGAUCAAGUUUGUGUACGAGUGGUGAUGUAAUCAGCGCUGUAACAGUGAAAACCAUUAACAAUACAGGUCCCUGAUGAUCAUGUUAACAUAAGUAACACAUUGGUUAAUCCCCUUACAGCAAUGGCUACUAUUAGAUUAAAAACAGUUAGGCAACAUAUGCAAUACAGACAUGGGUAACAAACAUGGCAGGAUUUUUUUAAGACAAUCAAAAAAUGUAUUUGUAUACUUCCACUAUACCUUCUGGACAAGAAUGCAAAGAAUAUUUAAAGAAAUAGUAGGUAAAACAAUGGUCAUCUAAUAGAUAACCUCUGGACGAACUGCAGCAGUAAGACAGCACAAGGAUAUUCAAGAUAAAGAAAAAAAAUCUCAUUUUUAAAAUAUAAAAAAAAAAAAGGUCAGACAACUUUGUGCAAAAGCAUAAU